UGGUACUUUGUUGACACAGCAUAUCUCUACAUAUCACAAAGAUCUAGGAUACUUGUUUAAGUCGAUUUGUUCGAAUUCAACUCAAGCGUUAUUUUCUUUCUUCUGCUAGUUCUAGGUACCUUAAAGGUAGUUAUUAUAUUUAGUUACAGCCUAGUUAUAGAGAGAUGGAGGACCAGGUAGCUCGCCUUGUGGACAAAGCGUGGGAGAAAUUCCAGCAGCUCCCCGCGGACCGUCGACUCUUAAUCGCUAUAGCCGGUAUCCCAGGCUCAGGCAAAACAACCCUCUCCCAAAUCGUCACCGCAGCCCUUAAUGCUCGGCACGCAAGCCUGCACCCAGAAGUCCCCGAUGCUGUGCCGCCCGCUGUCUUCGUGCCCAUGGACGGGUACCACUUAACGCGGGCGCAACUAUCCGCUAUGCCGGACCCGGCUCUUGCUCACGCCCGUCGCGGCGCCGAGUUCACGUUUGACGGGCCCGGAUUCCUGACGCUGGUCAAGGCGCUGCGUACUGUGCCGCCUCCGCCUCUGCAGCCGCUGUAUGCGCCGAGUUUUGACCAUGCGAUUAAGGAUCCGAAAGCGGAUGAUAUUGCGAUAUUGCCGGCGCAUAGGAUUGUGGUCUUCGAGGGGAAUUAUGUUUGCUUGGACAAGGAGCCUUGGCGCUCGGCUGCACAGCUCAUGGACGAGAGGUGGUUUGUGGAUGUAGAUUUCGAAAUGGCGAGGAGGCGGCUGGUGAGGAGGCAUGUCGAGGCAGGAAUUGCGAAGGACGAGGAGGAAGCUGGGAAACGUGCUGAUGAGAAUGAUCUCGUGAAUGGAGCGCAGAUCGUAAAGGAGAGGGUUGAUGUGCAUGAGAUUAUAAAGAGCAAGGAGGAUGGGAAUUGGGUUCAUAAAUGAGCAGUACUUUGGACGAUAUAUAAUAUUAUAUAUGAGUUGGAU